GUCCGAAGUGAUUGGUUUGUUUAUGCUGUUUUGCACAGCCUUCCGUGGGUUGGUCCAGAAUUGAACGAACGCGAGAAGGAGCCACUGGAUAACAUUCUGGCAGGCAUAAGUAAAUAUAUGGCGAAAAGGAAUACAUCUUAUGUCAAGUUAUUGCAAGUUUGGUCAGCAACAGAGAAUGAGCAAGAAGAGUAUCUGUAUUGUCUGUGGGCGCAAAUCUCGAAGCUACGUGAUGAUGGUUGGUUGGAAAGGCAUGUGAUACGCCACUAUAUUGCAUUCGAUGGUGCUUUAGCAAGUGCAGUGAAACACAAUUUGCCGACGUAA